CAGCGUGUCCUCGCCGGGCAACCGUCCUGGAGACCGACACUGCUGGCUGCAACAUGGACAUCAUCUACCCGCUGGCGGUGCCCAAGGGGCGCCGGCUCUGCUGCGAGGUGUGCGAGGCCCCGGCCGAGCGAGUGUGCACGGCCUGCACGGUCACUUAUUACUGUGGUGUGGUUCAUCAAAGAGCAGACUGGAGCAGCAUCCAUGAGAAGAUAUGUCAGCUGCUGAUUCCUCUGCGCACUUCCAUGCCCUUCUACAAUUCAGAGGAGGAGCGGCGGCACCAGCUGCAGCAGCUGCAGCAGCGGCAGAAGCAUUUGAUUGAAUUCUGCUACACCGUAGCCCAGAAAUACCUCUUUGAAGGAAAACAUGAAGCUGCUGUUCCAGCAGCUUUGCACUCGCUUCGCUUCCGCAUGAAUGUGCACGGCCUGAGUUCAGUAGAGCUUGUGCCUGCUUACCUGCUGUUGGCCGAGGCGAGCCUUGGUCUAGGACAGAUUGUCCAAGCUGAGGAAUAUCUAUCCCAAGCCCAGUGGACAGUCCUCAAAUCGACUGAAUGUCCUUAUGCCACCCACUCUUUACUGCAUCGGAACCUGGGACUUCUCUAUAUAGCUAAGGAAAACUAUGAGGAAGCCCGUUAUCAUCUGGCCAAUGACAUUUAUUUUGCCAGUUGUGCAUUUGGAACAGAGAAUAUCAGGACCUCAGGGGGCUACUUCCACCUGGCUAAUAUCUUCCAUGGCCUUAAAAAGUUGGACCUGGCAGACACGUUGUACACCAAGGUCUCUGAGAUCUGGAGUAAAUACUUGAGCGAUCGCUACCAAGUGCUCUCACAGGCUCGCAUCCAGCAGAUAGACUUACUGGGCAAGCGAUUUGAGACCGACACUGGCUUGGAUGAAGCCCAGGAAGCAGAAGCCAUUCAGAUCCUGACUUCAAUCUGGAACAUUCGAGAAUCUACAUCUAACACAGCCCCCCAAAAAACUAUCUUUGUUCUGAAAACCCUGUUCAUGCUUUACUACCUGAUGAUGAAUUCUUCAAAGGCACAAGAAUAUGCCAUGAGAGCCUUCAAUCUAGCCAAAGAACAGCAUCUCAGUGUCCAUGAACAAAACACCAUUGAAGAGUUACUAAGUCUUAUCUCAGCUGAAGAAGCUCACCCCAUUACUUAGUGACCCAUGAACUUGGCAUCAGGGGGCUGUUCAAGGGGCUGCUGAAUGUCUAAUAUAUUCCAGCUUGCACAACUGCUUUGAGGAACUACGACUUGCUGAAGUUCCGCCCCUUUUCCCUUGGGCCUGCACAUGUAGCCGUGUUUUUAUUCUUGCACAGAAUAUGUGAGGAAAUGUAGAGCUUUAGGCAUAGACAUCAGUAAAACAUCUUUAUCAUGACCUUUGCACUUG